AGAGAGAGCAAGUUUCAGCAUAGACCCUGGUGUCAGAGGGAAGGUACACCUCUUGUGAUGGGCAUGGGAAGGCCUGGAGUUUGGGCUGUAGGAAGGUGGGGUGAGACAAAGCUGGAAAUGUUGAGGGAAGCAUACUGAGAAGGGCUUUCACUGCAGUCUUGGAGUCUGGACAUUAUUCUGGAGGAAGUGGAGGCACUGCCAGAAUAUUUAUGAACUCAAACAGAACUUAGUUGUUUUCCUUCCACUGCCAAAUUUGCCUCUUCUUUCUGCAGCCCUAUUCACUUAACAACACCUCCAAGACAGCUCUGUCUGGCCUACUCAGCCAGAAUCCUGGGUAAUAUCCUCCUCCCCUAUACCUGCAUUCAGCUGGUCACCCAGUCCAAUAGAUUCUAUGGUCUAAAUGUCUCCAACAACAUCCCUUCUUUUUCACGCCCAACUGCCACUGCCUUUGUUCAAGACCUCACAAUCUUUAUCUAGACUGUAUCCCCUCAAGAGUUUCCUGGCCUCCAGCUCUUUGCAUAGCCAAUCCAUUCCUAUAGCAGCUAGUGUGUGAUCAUUCUAAAGUGGCAAUCAUUCACACUUCACAGGUUAAAACUCCUAAAUAGUUCCCCAGUGCCCUUAAGAAAAAAAAAACUCCUUUCCAUGGCUUACCCUUUUUGUGAUUUUCUUGCUCAUUUUUCCAUGCUCAACUCAAGCCUCAUCUCCUCUAGAACCCUGCCUCAAAUCACCUGUUCCCAGAGCAGAGGCAGGAGAGCCUUAUCUGUAUCACUAGGGUGCCUAUGGCAACUGUUUGUCAUAGCCAGACAGGUCUGUCUGUCUCAGGGGCUGUGGGCUCCCCAGGUAGGAACUUCGCUGUAUUAAGGUUUUUGCUGGGUAUAGUGCCUUGCAUAUGGUUUAGAAGACCCUUGAUGACCUGACUCCGGGUCUGGAGCCCUCAUUUCUCACCCCUGAACCUUGGGUUCCAGACACUCCGUGUUCUUUUCUGCAUUAGUGUAUGCUACACAGAGCAAACCUCUGUGACUAUGGUCUGCCAACUUUUUGCCUUAAAAUAAUUUUUUUUUUUGCCUUUUGCCUGGAAGAUGCCUUUCUCUUCCCUAGCAUACUCAUAACACAUUGAAUUUUUUUUUUUUAUAAGUAGGCUUCAUGCCCAACGUGGGACUUGAACUCACCACCAGACAUUGAGUGUCACAUGCUGUACCUACUGAGCCAGCCAGGCGCCCCACAUUGAAGCCGUUUGAGGGCAAGAACCUGUUUCUCUUUAUAUAAAUCUUCCAGAACAUAGAAAUUAGAACAAGACAUCUUUUGAAUAGAUCAGUGAGUUGGUGCUAGGUUCCUUUGCAUCUGUCUGAUUUCUGCACUCUAUUUCACCAAAGGCAAACAGGGCUCUUCAAGUCUCGAAAGUCUGUGGUAUACGCUUUAAAGGAACCAGCUUAAGUGUUCAGCUGCCUAGCAUCCCUUAGCCAUCUUCGGGAGAGUUGCUGAGUACCAAAUGCAACGCAACCUCUGUCAUUUGCUCACAGAACCAUUGUUGGCUCAACCCGUCUCUUGCUUAUUUUAAAACUAUUCUGAAGAGGUCACGAAUAUGGUCAUUGGCUUCCGAAGCUGGGUUCCAAAGCAACCUUUGCUACUUACUGGCUUUUGGAUUUUUAAGCUUUGUUAACUCAUCUGAAAAAUCGGAUUACUGCUACAGGCCAUAGAGUUUUGAUAAUUCAACAAGACAAUGUACGCGCCUGGCACAAUCAGCGGUAGCUGUUGUUAGACUUAAUAGGUCUUUGUACCCCUGGGUAGCCGCAGUCGCCGUAGGGAGCUCCUGAGUGGUAGCCCGGCCAAAGAGGGAAUUUCGGGCCCAGGAUGGUGAUGGCGACGGUUUGGGCCCCAGUACUGUCCUAGGCUGCGCUCCUCGGAUCCUCUCCACCCGGUUCCUGGGCUACGACCCGCCUCUGACGGUCUCGCCCAGACCCAGGCCGCACGGGAGAGCUGAGGCCGCCUACGCCGCGGGGGGAACCUAGUGUGGGCGGAACUCGAGUGCAGCGGCAGGAGGCUUCCGGGGGAGCCGCAAGGGCAACGGGUCGGAGGAGCAGAAAAGCGUCGGACGCCGGGCCGAUCAUGGACGCUUGACAACCUGCGGACAGGCGCCGGGAGGCCGAGCCAGCGACCGAGAGGACGGAGAGGUGGCGAGGAUCUCAAGGCCAGAGAAUGGCAGGUGAACAGAAACCAUCAAGUAACCUCCUAGAACAGUUUAUUUUACUAGCCAAAGGUACCAGUGGCUCAGCCCUCACUGCUCUCAUAAGCCAAGUCUUGGAGGCUCCUGGAGUGUAUGUCUUUGGAGAACUGCUGGAGCUGGCCAAUGUGCAGGAGCUUGCAGAAGGAGCUAAUGCUGCAUAUUUGCAGUUGCUGAACCUGUUUGCCUAUGGAACAUACCCAGAUUACAUAGCCAACAAGGAGAGCCUGCCAGAAUUGAGCACAGCUCAGCAGAACAAGCUGAAGCACCUUACCAUCGUGAGCUUGGCGUCGAGAAUGAAGUGUAUCCCCUACUCCGUGCUGCUGAAGGACCUGGAGAUGCGGAAUCUCCGGGAACUGGAAGACCUCAUCAUUGAGGCUGUCUAUACUGACAUCAUCCAGGGCAAGCUGGCGAGAAACCAGCUGCUGGAAGUGGAUUUUUGCAUUGGCCGGGACAUCCGAAAGAAGGAUAUCAAUAAUAUUGUCAAGACCUUGCAUGAAUGGUGUGAUGGCUGCGAAGCAGUUCUGCUGGGCAUCGAGCAGCAAGUUCUGAGAGCCAACCAGUACAAGGAGAACCACAGCCGAACUCAGCAGCAGGUAGAAGCCGAGGUUACCAACAUUAAGAAGACACUCAAAGCCACCGCCUCCUCCUCGGCUCAGGAGAUGGAGCAGCAGUUGGCUGAACGGGAGUGUCCCCCUCACGCUGAGCAGAGGCAGCCCACCAAGAAGAUGUCCAAAGUGAAAGGUCUGGUCUCCAGCCGCCACUAGGGCCGGCUGGGGCAGCUGGCACUCACCAGGCCUGGGUCAGGUGGGGAGGGGACACCAAGGGCCUAUUUCCUCCCCUCUCUACCUUCAGUGAGUUCCAGACCUGCCCGUCCCCUCACCAGCGCCUCCCACCCUGUUGGUACCGUUCCAGAAGAACCGUUAAUCCUUCCCUCACCCACUCCCUCCUCCCCCAGUUCCUUCAGACUCAGGGGCUCCACUGAUGCCAUCCCAACAGGGUCAGACACUGCCCAGCUUUCCUCCAGGAGGUUCUCGUCUCUGUGUAAGGGCUUGUCUCCCUCCCAGUUUUUCUUUUGCUCCAUGUCAUUUUGUCAGGCUGGUCAUAAGCCGGAGGCAGCUUUAGCCGGCCCACAGGGAUGACUGCGGAGGAGGCCCCCCUCUGCGUGAGGAGGGGGGUGUGCCUUCUCCAGCCCAUGUACCACAGUUCCCACACUGGUGCAGGUGAUCUCUAGCCAGGUAUCAAAUGCUUUGUUUCCCCUCUCCUGCCUUAUCCCUUGUUGGCAGCUCCGAUCAGGCCACGGAGGGAUGUGAUGCUGGGCUAUGUUUACUAAACCUGCGGGUUUUCAGCCUCUUAAGCCCAGCUCCAAUCUCUCAUCCAUUGGGAGCACUAACCUCUGGAAUCUGAGCACCAGUGGAGGGCGCUGUGGGUCUGCUGGGUGGCAGAAGUUUCUUCCGGGUUGGUGUUCUCUGCUGGCCGCGCUUCCUGCUGCCCCUGACCACUCAGACUGGUUUUCGGUGCGAAGGCCCCAGCUGCCGCCCGGGACUGUCCGCCGACACUUCCCCUCCCGAGAUCUUUAAUCCCUCCCGGCUGUGUCCGUGCUGGGGAUGGCAGUGCCCAGGCCCCUCUGUCUGGUGAAGGACCUGUUGCUGCUUCUGUUUCUCUCUUUCUGCCCCUCCUUGGCUGAUGACCCAGGGCCCUCUGAUGACGGCAUUCUCCUGGCAAGAGAAAAGGACUUGACUGGCCUUUCUGAACUUGACUGUUUCAGGUUAUAUUUUAAUUUUUUUUUUUUUUUUUGUACAGGUUCUGAUUCUAAUACACUUCAACAUGCUUUUUUUCCC